GAAAAAUAAUGGCGGAGAAGGGCAGUUAGAGAAGCUGUGUAAAAUCAGCUCAGACUAAAUAUAUUUGCCACGUGGCAUGCAUCUUAAAAAAAAGGAGAAGACCCACAAGCAAACCAUGGAACUUGAUAAGAAUGCUUUAGCAUACUCUGCCACAACCUUGGCUGCUACGAUGAUGAAUUCUAUAUUCAAUUUCUACUAUGUGAAGAUUUUCCUGAAUGUGUACAGGUAAAGGGACAUUCGGGGUGAUCCAAACGUCAUAGAAAUUCGAUCCACGGCAAACCCAAGGGACAAUUAAGAUAGAAGGAAAGAAACUUCAAAUCUAAAUCUAAAUUAAUGGCAUUAUCAGAACUAUUCAGGACCUGAACAAUCGAUGAAAUCGAUAAUCGAUGGCAAUCGAUAACAAUCAAUAUCAAUUAAUCGAUUGAUAUUGCUAAUCGAUGGACAACCCAUCACGCAAAUUUUUUGUGAUUAUUGAUUAUCAUCGAUUAUCAAUAUCAAUCCAUAAUCGAUGGGAAUCGAUCAAUUAACAUAAUAGAUUGUUACUAAUACGCAAUAUCAAUCUAUUACCUAUUCAGUCAAACAUUUCAAUUUUCAAUUUCAUCGAGUAUUAAUAAAGUUACACAUUUUGAUAUCAUUGCUCUUCGGAAUUCCACACGGAAGAUCGAGGUGGACGUGGGCAUCUGCACAGACAUAUAAAGAAAGAAGAAGAAAAAGAAAAAACAGGCUGUUUUUGAAGGUGGUGGACAAAACACUGACCACCAGUCCAUAGUCCAUGGACUACCCUAAAAUAGACUAUGCCACUGAAGUUUAAAGAUUAGGGUUAGGAGACUGAAUCACGUCUCAGAUCCAUUUCCCCAGUUUGAUGACCCUAAAUGGAACCUGACUUAAUCAGUUCCCUAACCCUAAUCACUAAAUUUCAGCAGUGUAGUCCAUUUAAGGGUUGUCCAUAUAGGUAGUCCAUGGACUAGGGGUCAGUGUUUUGUCCACCACCUUUGAAAAUAGCCUGAUCUUUUUUCUAAGGGGGUGAAAAUCAACUUAUACCAAAUUAUCUAUAGGAGGGUGUGAGGUUCCAAUUUGAUGUAUAUUUUUAUUUUGGGCCUUUAGGAUUUCAAACUAUUGGUUUAACAUCGCCCAAGUUGUGUUCCUUAUUUGGAAUGCCAUCAAUGACCCAUUGUUUGGUUAUUUCCAGGUAUGGUGACAAUAUAUUGGUAUUUCUAUAAUUUCAUUACAUUCUUUUACACACAUGCAAAACUUGGAUUGGAUCACCUAAUUAAAAUUCUAAACAGUUUACUGGACAGUAAUACCCAUUUUGUACUCUCUAUUUUUCAACUUGUUUACAUGUUAUGUAAACAAGUUGCUCCAGUCCAAGUCUUGUACUUGCCCUACUUGUUACCUUACCUUCAUGUAGAUCAUGAUUGAAGUGUCCGCUUCAUUAGGGUAUAUCACAGGGCUGAAAAUAACAGUCGGACAUUAGCUGACCAAAAUUUACUAGUGACUGACGAAAUCCCCCUGUGUUCAGAAAUUAUGUCAGGAGAAUUUUCUUAUCAUUAUUCAUCUUAUGGUUAGGAAGAAUAAAAAUCUACCUUGAGUAAAUCUUACUUUGUGUUAGGACAAUCUCAAAGUCAUGAAACAACACUGACUUGGGUAAUGCAGUUUUCUUUACUUUAGCGUAGUUAUGUCCGGUAUUUUACCCAAUAUAAAAGUUCAACCUUUUUUUUGGUGAUGUCUGACCUUUCAAGAGAAAAAAAAAUUAUUUGCAGCCCUGUUAUCAUUGUUAGUGGUUUGUUAUUCCAGAUAUUGUUGAAAGUCACAGUUGAAGCCAUCUACAUGCAUGUGCUAAAACAAACAGGCAAUAUUUUACGCAAAUGUACCUGCAAGCCUCAAGGGUAAAUGAGACGUACUGUCUGCUACUCAAAGUGUACAAUUCUGAGUUGUAAAUGUCUCUUAUUCAUGAUCAGUUCUAGAGCAGAUUAAACCAGACUGUAAACAUUACAAAAAAAAUUGGUUUUGUUCUUCAUGUUAUUGCAGCUAUAGCAGUAAGGAUAUACUAACAGUCUUGUAUAAACUGUAGCUAGGUGCCUUUUUGGAGGAAAUUUAUUAACCUUUUGCUAUAAUUUGUUUCUGGUGUACCUGUUCUGGGUACAUGUAUUUACAUUAGCAAUAAAUCAUUGCAGCAGAGGAGCAAGGCUAAUGUGGUUCACGUGCUUACUUUGAAACUGUUCAUUACCUCCCAAGGACAGUUCCACCUGGAUAGUUUUACGAAAAAGAAGGCUGGCAAUAUUUUAUGGUGCUCCCUUAUUUGCAAUUAGGUCAGUAAAUAUUACUCAGAAAUUAUUUAAGUUUUCUUUCAUUGUUCAGUUCCAGAAAAUACUCAGCAUUCUUCCCCCACAGAAGGAUUGUUUCUUCCAGGGGAAGAAGGUCUUAAAGCCUCAAAAAUUUUAAACUCUUUUGUAAAUUCCAAUGAUUAUUAUGCAUUUCAUUUAAUUUUUUUGGUCUUGGAGACCCCUCUUCCCCAAGGAAUUUCAAGUCCCUUCUAUGGGUGAGUAUAAAGAUUUUCUGCAACUUCACAUUUGCACAGGCCAGGGAUUGGCGUGAGAGAACAAUACCCUUCCAUGGAGGGCAUGGAUCUUUUCUGUAAUUGGCUAUAGAUGUAAUAAAAAUAGUAGACCCAGAUACAUGGCUUUUGUAUGUUAAGUACAGUUAUGACAGUGCGAUGAAUGUAUGUCUGCAGCUGUGAAUAAUAAUCAAUCUAUUACGGCAUGGUCUUUCUGUCCCACUUGUCACUUGUAGGGAAGCAAGAGCAGAGUGGUGAGAUCACUUGCCUCCCACCAGUAUCUCCCAGGUUCAAAUCCUGGCAUGGAUGCCAUAUGUGGGUUGAUUUGUUGUUGGUUCAGCUCUGCCAUGCUCGGCGAGGUUUCCCCCUCUCCUUAAAAACCACCAUUUCCGAACUCCAAUUUGACUCAGGAAUUAGGUAGAUGAAGAACCACUUGGUUGAUGUGCUACCUUUAAUUAUUAUUUAUUUAUCUAUUUUAUUUACUACUUGUCUAGUAAUGCAAUGUUAAGAAUAGAUACAAGUCUGCUGUGCAGAAAGUUAGUAGAUUUGAAACUAAAACUGUCUCAUUUUCUUUCACUGAUCUCAGCUUUCUUUCUCCAUGGUUUCCUUGGACGUGGCUUGGCUUCACUGGUGAUUGGGUGGUUGGUCUUCAUCUUAUGGUGUCCCUGUGUUUUUAUGAUGGACUCUUCACUUUUGGUAUAAAUAUAAUAAAUAUUAAUUCUAUUUUAUGAUAAUUAUUAUUAUCAUGACCAUUAAAUGUACUAGAGUGCUAAGCAUUUGUAGAGGAACAUCUUAGAAAAAAUAUUGCUUUUUUUAUAGCACACAAUUAAAUUACAAAUGGGCCAUUUCCGAGUUCCCCCGCACCUCUGUAGCAAAAGGAGGUUAAGUGCUCAGCCUUUGAUAUGGAAAAGACUCUUCAUUCUCAUGCAAAUAAAACUCAUUUUCACAAGGAAGGUUGUGCACUUGGUCUCAUUUUGAAAGUGGGGGUUUUUGAAACUUGGAAGUGGCCUAUAAUUGACAUCAGAGGACAACUCUACUUGUAUGUGAAAAUACACAAAUCUUGAUGAAUCCUUUUGUCACAGACCCAGGGAGGCGAUGGGGAUUUUUCCCAAAGACUUGCCUACUUUCACAUGAAAAGAAGUUGAUGUUUCUGGGAGAAGACUUUGUCCCAUGUUGACUACUGUUGCUGUAUUUAAAGAGAUUAAAUACAUUGGUGGAAGACUUGAAUUAAAACUUGGAGUCCUCACACAACCUAAUAAAAUGCCCUUUUUUUCAUUUAGUACUACUUGCCCAGUGUGCUCUUUUUGCUGAGAUUUCUACACAUCAAGAAGAAAGACAGUCAACUCUCAAAUAUUCGUAAGAACAAAAGAAUAUGAAAUGAACUCUACUUUCUUUUGCUGAAAUCUUAUUUAUGACGUGUCUCUUGCAUCAAAAUUAUUAAUUACAAAUAACAGUCACGGCUUAUUUAUUUAGCAUUAAAUUUGACUUGAAUGAAUAAUAAUCAUAAUAAUAACAAUAAUAACAACAACUGACUAUGUUUGUUUUCAAUGAGUAGAUAAGUGAUAAUAAAUAUUGUGAUUUCUUUUGCAUGGAAAAAUUAUUUAUGUUGUUUUGGCCUCUUUUAGAUCUUAAAAAUGAUAAGUAAUGAUUUUUUGCAUUUUUUAUAUUCAAAUGGCAAUUUUUUAUUUAAAUCUUUGGAUUUCUCAAUUUCACUGAAAUUUAAAAAUACAAUUAAAUAAUUAAUACAUUAUUUAUGUAUCCUUUGUUUGUUUGUUUGUUUGUUUUUUUUUUCAGGCUAGUAGCCUCUAUUAUUGGCUCAACUGCUCUUUUCAUAAGCACAAGUGUGUAUAAAGAUGAGGUUUGUUUAACUUUGUCACUUUAUUUUUGAAGAGAAUUGAAUAAUGUUAUUAUUACUGACUUCAUAAAUUAAUGAUAAAUAUAAAUGAUAACAAUAGUAGAAUUAAUUGACCCAUUAAACUCUGUUUCAUAUAGAUGUUAGGUGAGGACAUAGAAAAUAAUUGUGCCAAACUUCAGUGCAAACCACUCUGAAGCCCUUCCCAAAACUAAACAGGCCAUGAGAGGGAAAAGGUGACCAGAGAUUUGAGAUGUUCCGUUUAUAGAUAUUGUGAUUGUUUUUCUACCAAAGUAGCUAUAUGGGGCUCUCAUUUCUGAUACCCAGACAAAAUCUCUGGUCCCUGGCCGCACAUGAAAGCCUUUCAAAAUAUAAGUACUGUUGUUUUAUAUCUUGAUGAUUUUUAAGUAAUAAAUGUUAAUAUGUUAUUUGUCUUGUUGACAGCAGAGUAAUUUCCAUUCAUUCCAAGCUGUCUGUGUCAUAGUAGCACUCCUAAGUUGGUUAUUGAUGAGGUACACUGGUUUGAACGUACAAGUUGCAGUGGAAGCAUCCACCUCUGGCAAUACAUCAGAUCAAAGUAAAUUUUGUGAAGUCUGUUAUCUGUUUUAGUUCUUUUAACACUACUAGAGAAGUUUAGUCUGUAACUGUGAUGAUCUUUACAUUUAAUUCACCACCUGCAGAUCUAAAAUUUUAAAAAAUAAUACAUUGUUUUUAUAUUCAUUUUAGAUUGAAAUUUAAUAAUUUAAUAUUGUUUUACUUUAUUCUGUUUCAGAUGGAAAAACAUCAAAAGAAUCAAUACCUCUGAUUACGCUUCUGAGGCAAAUUCUAACCCAAAGAAGUUUUGGUACACAUAUUUAUUAGUAACAAUGAUUUCACUUUGUUAGUGUUAAAAUCACAAUAAAACCUGUAAACCCAUUUUAGUCCUUAUAGUGGAGCUCACUUUGUGAAUGUGAGAGUUCCAGGCCUUUUGGCAAAGCUUGUAUAAAUAAAUAAAUAUAUAAAUUCUUCAAUGUUAGAGCCGGUUCUGGUCACUAUGAGGCAAGUUCACACAACAAUGCCCAAAACUCCAUUUAGGGUGAUGACAAUGUUAUAUAACCUAAAAUAUUGUUAAAAUGUGUUGUUCUUGCUGUUGAUGAACAUUAAAUGAAAAGUAAUAGUAUGCUGUAGCUUUUGUUCCUGAUGCUAGAUAAUAAGUUAACUUACAAUGUGGGAUGUCUAAGGCAUGUAUGUGCUAAAGUGAAAUCUUGAGAUACAGUAGUGUUAAGGUUUCAAAACGAUGCUGCCCUCUCUUCUUUUGAUCCCCUCCUCUCUGCUUUUUUUAACAUUUUCUUCCUGAGCCCCCCUUUUUUUUACUGGACAGUGUUAUUACAGUUUCAAGUAGCUGCAGGUUAUCAGUAUCACUGAGAACAGUUUAAAUUAUAAAGACCCUUAACAUCUUCUUUCUUUUUUGUUGCAGUUUGCUUUGUUGCAAUGAAUUUUUUCCAGGUACUUGUAGUUUUAAUGAGGACAUGCAUUUAGGGAUGCCCAAACCAUAAUAACUGUACUGUAGCCACAAAAAGUGGCACGUACUGGAAUAUUAUUAUGCUAUGUGAUCCAAAUGCAAAAUACUGCAUCUUGCAUGAUUGUUUGGAAAUGCUGCAAUCUGUUCAUAGUGAUUGGAAAUUCUGACGACACCAGACUUUGGGUGGUAUUGCAAUAUGGAAAACCCCCAUCAUCUACAAAAGGAUGAUGAAAUAUCACACCAAAAAUAAAACAUAAUUAUGCUCAAUAAUAUACUUAUUAUAAAGUCUUCAGUUUACAUGUCUUUUUUUACAUUAUAUAGUUUACAUCCACCCAUUGCACUGUAUUUGUAUUUGACUACACUACAUUGUGGGUAUUUAAUUUAAUAUUAUUAUUCUGCUGUUAGAAUAUUGAAUUUAUUAAGUUACAUUAUUGCUUUUCAGGUGUUCCAUGUCACUUUUGGUAGCAACUUCUUCCUCAUUUUUGUUGAACACCUGAUAGGGUCUAAUGCCAUUCCUGCUGUAAGUCAUUUAGCCUGCAUGUUUCUCGUUUUAAUAAUUGAAAGGAAAAUCAUUCCUUGUGUUGUACUUUUGGGGUGUGGCUGAAUUGCUGACCACUUUUUCUUUUGGUAACAAACGUAUAGCAAUUUUUUUUACCUUUUUUUGACACAUUCCUGCUAAAGUAAGGUCACUGCAAAAGAUAAUUUAUUCAAUGUGUGAGUUGAGCCUUACCAGGCAUUAUUCAUCAAUUCUCCUUUGUUAGAAUGACUUAUGGAAUUUAGCAAAAAAGUAAGAAGCUUGCACUUGAAUGUACAUAAUAUUAUGGAUGCGCAUACAAUUCAAUUGCUGACAUGUACAAAAAAUCUCUUUCAAUUUUUAGAUCCUGUAUAGUAUACUUACUGGGUCUGUAUUCAUGCUUCCUAAGGUAGGUAUUAUAUAGUAACAAGAUAUGAAUUAUUUAUUAUUUUUAUAAUAGUUAAGUAAUGGUCCAGAUAAGAAGGAGAGGACCAAAACGCAGUGAACACGUCGGAAUGCAAAAAGGUGCUAACUUUACUAUUGUCUCUACUAAGGUUCUGAUUGGUUUGAACGUCAAAUUUUAUGAAAUCUUCGCAAAGCAGCAUGUAUAUUAAUCCCUUUUUUUCUAUCCAACUUCCUUAUAACAAAAUCUCGUCUGAGUCUAAGUAACACAGAAAUCGUAUGUGCGGAUCAUGUAAAAUUGUGAACAUUUCUUGGCCAUUGUUUGCAACUCUUGUGAUUGGUCGACAUGUUUUAACACAAAAAUACACCCUUUAAAAGUGGAGUUUAAAUACAUUUUCUUUCGUAAACAGCCUUUUUGUAGAUUUAUACAUUCUCUGUGUAAAAAUGAAAACAUUUCUAUGUGAGGAAAGUGUAUUGCGCCACAACAAAAGAAAUUGCUUCCCUUCUUACCUGGAUCAUUACUUAAAUGUUGUGAAAUGAAUUUGUGUAUUCCUAUUGAUUCUACCCAACAGAAUUAACCGAUUGCUUUAAAAAUACUUUCACUGGACUUACAAAUCCCAUCCAUUUUCAAACGUGUACAAUAAUAAUGAGCAAUGUACAAUGUGCCUUUGUAAAGCUUUUUUUUUUACAAUAAAUUAAACACACUUGGUUGUAUAUCUUUGAGUCAUUUAUCUGAAUGAAAUCAUAGUUGUUUAACAAUAGAUAGUAAUAAUUAUUUUUGAUAAUAAUGACAAGCAUUUUAAAAGAAAAAUUAACGAUAAAAUGAACAACACUUGCUUAUUCUAGACAAAAAGUGCCUGUCAAUAAACCUCAGUCAUAUUAAAUCUUAAUUUGAAACAUGUUCUGUCUUUCUUUUUAGCUGAUUGUUUUGUUAACAAGUCCACUGUUGGCUAGAUUUGGUUCUUAUAAGCUCAUCUUAUGGUCUUUUUACAUUANUUGGCCAUUGUUUGCAACUCUUGUGAUUGGUCGACAUGUUUUAACACAAAAAUACACCCUUUAAAAGUGGAGUUUAAAUACAUUUUCUUUCGUAAACAGCCUUUUUGUAGAUUUAUACAUUCUCUGUGUAAAAAUGAAAACAUUUCUAUGUGAGGAAAGUGUAUUGCGCCACAACAAAAGAAAUUGCUUCCCUUCUUACCUGGAUCAUUACUUAAAUGUUGUGAAAUGAAUUUGUGUAUUCCUAUUGAUUCUACCCAACAGAAUUAACCGAUUGCUUUAAAAAUACUUUCACUGGACUUACAAAUCCCAUCCAUUUUCAAACGUGUACAAUAAUAAUGAGCAAUGUACAAUGUGCCUUUGUAAAGCUUUUUUUUUUACAAUAAAUUAAACACACUUGGUUGUAUAUCUUUGAGUCAUUUAUCUGAAUGAAAUCAUAGUUGUUUAACAAUAGAUAGUAAUAAUUAUUUUUGAUAAUAAUGACAAGCAUUUUAAAAGAAAAAUUAACGAUAAAAUGAACAACACUUGCUUAUUCUAGACAAAAAGUGCCUGUCAAUAAACCUCAGUCAUAUUAAAUCUUAAUUUGAAACAUGUUCUGUCUUUCUUUUUAGCUGAUUGUUUUGUUAACAAGUCCACUGUUGGCUAGAUUUGGUUCUUAUAAGCUCAUCUUAUGGUCUUUUUACAUUAAGGUAAAGAGAUUGAAGACUGAGUUGGAAUACAUGUAGAUGUUAAAGUUAAAACAUAUGCUAGCUUCAGAAUGGUGUUUUUUACUUUUAAUAUUAAGACUUGGAAUGCUGUGAAUAAUAAAUAACAAAUUUAUCACAAGGACAUUGUAUGCUGUAUAAAGUAUACGUUGUAUAUUUUAAAUGACAUGACAUACAUUGUAUAUUCCAGGUCUUAUUUGUUAUAUUAAAGUCAUUUUAUUGAAUUACGGUUCUGAAAAUUUGGGGAAUGACUCCUUAUUCCUUGACUUGUAGUGAUAAACAGUUAUUGAAUGAGGUGUUAAUGAUAUUUACUGGUAGAAUAAUCAAUGUUAAGACUUUGGUUGUCAGCCGACUCUGAUUUAUUAAGGUCUUAAGGCUGGUAACACCUACCAAAACCAUGAUUAUUCUUCAAUUGAUAUCUCAAAAGCUGAUUCUAAUGUUUUGUUAUAUAUUGUUUAAAGGGAAAAAAUGGUAAAAAAUGGUAUGCACUGGCCUAUAGAACAGAGUUUAUGUUUUCUAAGAACAAACGAAAAUGCUUUGAACGAGGUAUAAUUCUCAGUUAUCAGCUAGCUAGCAGAUAACUGGUUACAGAAUAACCUAUAGGCUCAGAGCUACUUUGCAAAAUUAUCAGAGAGAACAAACAAGUGAGUACAGUGAAUAAUAAUUAAUACUAAUAGUAAUCACUUAGUAUUAUCAUCAUCAUCAUCAUCAUCAUCAUCAUCAUUAUUAUUAUAGGUAACUGAACUUUCAUACAGCAUGCAGUAACUGUGUACAUUACAUGGUAGAUAGGACAAGUUAGCACUGUACAAGUUGCCAUGCUAGAUGAAAACAUUAUCUUUUGUUGUUAUUGUUAGGUAUCUUUGCCUGCUAUUGUCUUUUUCGCUGGAAGAAAUAAUAUUUGGGUCCUUUACCUUUUUCUGAUUAUUGACAAGUAAGUUACCAUUAUUUUAUUUCAUCACACUCCAAAUACUGACAUGCAAUAUUAUUUAUUAUUAUACAUUGUACUCAUUAUCUGUGUCCUCAUUGGCUAAGAACUUACAGUUAAUUUUGGAAAUCGGUGAAACCUACAGAUUAGUGACUUAUCUGCUAGCAGAUAACUGACUAAUCUUUAGGUUGUGUGCACAGUGCAUGAUUUCCAAGAACAUUUGUCAAUUCGGUUCCUUGUGACAGAGAGUUUGUCAUUAUUUUCGUCAAAACAAUGUAUAUAAAAAAAUUAUUACCGGUAGAUUCUGUUUUUGUGAUAUCCUAAAUAAUCAAGGUCCAUCAAGCCUCAGCCUUCGGCUUGGCUGGUAUCACUUUUCUUGAACUUGAUUACUCCGGAUAUCACAAAAACCUCAUGGGAAUCCAGUACUGUUUAUGGUAGAGUGUUUUAUGAGACAACCUUCUAUCUAUGCUGUUUCAAUGUUGGUUUUUAUUCCAGUACCCUUCCAGAGGCAACAUUCUCUUUGUUCAAUUUACCAGUGUCUGACAUCAUUGAUAAAGACAUGGAAAAAUAUCAAAGAAAGUGAGCAAAAGGCAUACUAUUAUUUGAAAUUACGGUAUAUAUAACAGUUAUACUUCCUUCAUAUAAUAAUGGCACCCACUUCUGCUCUCUGUUAAUUUCAAAGAUUAUUGAUCAUUAAGUCCUUUACCUUCCAUUCUAAAGCUUCACUGAACUAGUUUUAUGGAUGUAAAACAUAAAUAAAAAAAAUUUGUAAUGUCAUGAUCCAGAAGGAAGGGAAAGAAGUACAACUGACUGGACAUACAUGCAUUAUUUUACACACGCAAUAAGCUGGCUGCAUUAAUUUUAAUGUACAUCAUAGGUUUCGUGAUUAUCAUAAAUUACUGCUGUUUCAGUCUAGCAACUCUAGACUGUUCACAUUCCCCUAUUUUUUCCUAGGAGCAUCAGGGUCUAGUGCUUACAAGUAUGGGCAGCCAUCAGUUUUUUCAUAUGUACCCCAGGCUAGACGGCCUGGAACAUUUGAAAUUAAGAUAACUAUCCAUAACACAAGUGCUCGAUCUCAAUGAUCUUAAGGAAAAAUAGUCUAUUCAACUCUUAAACAAAAAUUAAACAUUAAAUCUGAAAGACUUUUGGAAACAAGAGUUAUUUCCUUGGAACUUAUAUGAAACAUUAUUGCCACAUUAAAAAAAAAAUAUCAUUGUCUUGGUACUUACAGUGCACCUGUUUCAUCAAUGAUAUUUGGCACCAAUGCAAUGUUCACCAAACCAGCUCAGUCUUUGGCUCCCAUGAUGGUCGUUCACAUCCUGUCUUGGUAUGGAUACAAGGUAAUUUUUUUAAGGCAACACUUAAAAAAGUGUUAAUAAUUACAGCUAAAGAAUAUGAAAUAGCGAGCAUUACUGCAAUCGUGAAACAGAGGCAAUAAGAAUGCGUUCGCUCCUGAUUUCCCACAGUUUUUGAAGUACUAGGUGUGAUAACAGGUUGAUUGAAGUUAAGCAGGUUAUAUAGUGCAAGUCAUUAUUAUCAUGACCAAUAAUGUUACAAGUUGAGAUGUAUAAUCUUUAAACAGAAAAUUGCUGAUUGCCUGGCACCUAUAUUAUGAGGUGGCUGAGUGUAACAAGUAAUAUUGGAUUUUGAUGUAAUUGAUCAACAUUCCAUUUUUCUAGCAUCUGGGCUUUGUCGACCAACCCAAUGCCUCAGCCUCAGGCAUGUUUUUAUUUUGGGUCUAUAGUGGUGAUAAAAUAUUUAUGUAGUGGUAUAAUUUUAUGCUUAGUUAUUUUUAUUCUCCUUUUUUUGUUUGGUAUUAAUAACAAUAUUUUAAUGUGUGAUAACGAGUUUGAUACAAAGGAAAAUUAAAUUAAACCACAACAUAUCAAAAGUGACAUGUAUUUUAAAUAUUAAUAGUAUGUAACUAUUGUUUUUAGGACAGUCAAAAUGUGAAAAAAGACAAAAGCCUUUCAGGUAUGUACUAGGAUUUUUAACCUUAAACAGAUGUCCGAGUUUAUAGCUCACUUCUUAGAAGCACAAAACUAACAGUACAUUUCUGUACAAAAAUUUCUUAAACAUUCAUUUGGUAGGCAUAAAAAUUUCAAAAAGGAGGUUUUUUUUACUGAAAAUAGAUUUCCAAGAUAACAAAACUCAUAUUAAAGAUUUAAUACCAUAUUCAUUAGUCUUACCCAGAAAACUUAUAACACCAAAACUUCUCCUGAGGUAAUGAGGUACAAUGUCUGUGUCUGCAAAUGGCAAUCUUUUAGGCAUCAACAAGACAUAUAAUGACGAAAUGAUCAAUUGCACUCUUAUUAUUAGUAGCUGCACAGGUCUGACUUUUGUUCUUUCUUUUAGGGUCAACAACACAAGAACUUUUAGAUGCCAUGUUUUCUCUUUUAUGUUUUAUCCCAUUGUUUGUUGCUGUUGUUCAAAUUGUAGUUUGGAAGUUUUAUCCCCUUAAGAAACCCAUAAAGGAAAAAGAUCUUUCCAAGAUACUUGUAUAGUGUUAGGACUCCAAAGUCACAAGUACAAGUUGAUAAAUUUCACUCUACAUUGUCAGUUCUGUUGAUAUCACUAAUUUAAAGGACCCUGUAAACUGUAUACCCAAGAGUGACAGAGACCUUCAAGAUGAGAUAAAGUAUGUUUUGUAGCAGUCAAGAAGACAUUUUGGUUUUAUUUAGUAUGUGAGGAGGUGGUAUUGUAAAAUAGUGUUGUAAAUUUAGAAGUAGUUAGGUAAAUU